UUGUGUGUGUCUGGAGGGUGGGGGAGAAUGUUGGAGGAGGGAGCUGAGAAACUUUUCGUUCCUCCUGUGUGUCCUCAGCAGCUGCAUUCCUGUCGUACUUCCCAAAACUAAUUUCUAAGAGGAGAACACAAAAAAAACCCACCAGCCACAAGGAUUUUCAGUUUGUUUUUUUGUGGGCGGUUUCUCGAUAGGGAAUUAAUUUGCGAGUUCGAAAGCCGCGCAAAUGUUUGGCAUUAUCUUGGGACGCAUGGAAAGGACGAAGCCAGUGUGAUUUAAUCUGGAUUCCACCAUUCUCUCACUCCGAAAGCUCAAGUUUUAGCGAGAGGUGCACGAAGCAGAAGGCGGGUCAGUUUCUUUACAGCAGAUUCUUUUGAGCUAUGAAGCCGCGUAAGGAUCCAUGUAGUGAGUGACUGCGCCAAGAUGCGCAGCGCAAAGGGAAAGUGGCCUCUAAAGGAACUUCAGUUGAGUCUUUGAGCGAAUGGGCGCAGGGAACAUUCUCGGAGGAAAUCGGAAAAUAGAGGAAAAAAAAGGCAAAUUCCUUGCGUGUGAAUUAAAGUGAGAUGCAAAAGUGGGAGCUCAGGAGGGAGAGGAGGAGGCUGAAGAUCAGAUUACAUUCUUCCAACUCUGCUCCGCACACAUCCCUUCCCUGCAUGUUUUUGUUGGGGAAAAAAGUGAUCUGUUUCAGCUGAAACCCUCCCCCAAACAAGUUGCUUGCAUGUGUUGUGCAGCACGGGGCUUUGUGUGGGUGGGAGCUUAGGGAGAUAGGGCUUUUGUUGGCUGCAUGCAGUCCCACUUUUGGAGGAAAGAUUUAGGAUUUCUGUUUCUGCAUGAGGAGAGCCAAGAAAGGAAAAUGGAGGAGAGCUUUGCCCAGGGUAACAGAGUACUGGAAGAGGAACCGUCCCACUGAGAGCAGAUAUUUGCUGAAUAGAAACUCCUGCCUAAGGCAUAUGGUGCUUGUCUGCUGUAUGGAGGGCUUUUCUAGAGGUUUCUUGUAGUUUUGCUACCCACGUCACUUCUCAAGAUGUCUUCCAUGGUGCCCUGGAUCUGUUGGAUAGGAGGGUUCGCGUUUUUACUUGUCAUAUGUACUUCGGCUGGAGUUCAGAUUAAUGAGACAUUUUACAUGGAUAAGUGCAAGAAGACCACCACUUGUGAACCCCUCAAAUACAAUGUCUGCCUUGGAUCUGUCCUCCCCUAUGCAUUGACUUCCACUGUCCUGGCUGAAGAUUCCAGCACACAGGAAGAGAUUCAUGAUAAACUCUUACUCUGGUCUGGAUUACGGAAUGCGCCACGAUGUUGGGAUGCCAUCAGGCCUCUCCUGUGUGCUGUCUACAUGCCAAAGUGUGAAGGGGGCAAGGUCGAACUUCCCAGCCAGAGCUUAUGCCAGACAACACGGGUCCCAUGUGCAAUCGUAGCACGGGAGAGAGGUUGGCCUGAUUUCCUGAAGUGCACUACUGAUCAUUUCCCCGAUGGCUGCUCGAAUGAAAUACAGACUGUCAAGUUCAAUAGCUCUGGGCAGUGUGAGGCACCUCUUGUCCGUACUGACAACCCCAAGAGCUGGUAUGAGGAUGUGGAGGGGUGCGGCAUCCAGUGUCAGAACCCACUGUUCACUAAGAAGGAGCAUCGUGAAAUGCAUGUCUACAUUGCCAUAUUCAGCUCAGUCACCAUCUUCUGUACCUUUUUUACUCUGGCCACCUUUCUGUCAGACUGGAAGAAUUCCAACCGUUACCCAGCUGUCAUCCUGUUUUAUGUAAAUGCCUGCUUCUUUGUAGGCAGCAUUGGUUGGCUUGCACAGUUUAUGGAUGGUGCCCGUGAUGAAAUUGUUUGCCGGGGGGAUGGCACUAUGAGGCUAGGAGAGCCCACAUCCAAUGAGACCCUUUCGUGUGUCAUUAUCUUUGUUAUUGUGUAUUAUGCCAUGAUGUCGGGUGUUAUAUGGUUCGUCAUGCUGACUUAUGCCUGGCACACCUCGUUUAAGGCCCUGGGCACCACACAUCAGCCCUUAUCUGGAAAGACUUCCUAUUUUCACCUGAUCACCUGGUCUAUACCUUUUGUCCUCACUGUUGCAAUACUUGCAGUGGCUCAGGUUGAUGGGGAUUCUGUGAGUGGCAUCUGCUUUGUGGGAUACAAGAAUUAUCACUAUAGAGCAGGCUUUGUACUGGCUCCUAUUGGACUUGUACUGAUUGUGGGAGGUUAUUUUUUAAUCAGAGGUGUAAUGACAUUAUUUUCCAUCAAGAGCAACCACCCUGGCCUUCUAAGUGAAAAAGCGGCCAGCAAAAUAAAUGAAACUAUGCUGCGGCUAGGAAUAUUUGGGUUUCUGGCUUUUGGAUUUGUGCUAAUCACAUUUGGUUGCCAUUUUUAUGACUUCUUUAACCAGGCUGAGUGGGAACGGAGUUUUCGGGAAUAUGUUCUAUGUGAAGCCAAUGUAACUAUUGCAGAGCAGACCAAUAAGCCUAUCCCAGAAUGCGAGAUCAAGAAUAGACCAAGCCUUCUAGUUGAGAAGAUCAAUCUUUUUGCCAUGUUUGGAACUGGCAUAUCGAUGAGCACCUGGGUCUGGACAAAGGCUACCAUUAUUAUCUGGAAACGAGCAUGGUGCCGUAUUCUAGGGAGAAGUGAUGAUGAACCAAAGAGGAUCAAAAAGAGUAAGAUGAUUGCCAAGGCAUUCUCCAAGCGGAAAGAGCUGCUGAAUAACCCUGAGAAAGAACUGUCCUUCAGUCUACACACUGUGUCCCAUGAAGGGCCAGUCGCUGGUUUGAAUUUUGACAUAAAUGAGCCAUCAGCUGACAUGUCAUCGGCAUGGGCACAGCAUGUCACCAAAAUGGUGGCUAGAAGAGGAGCCAUUUUACCCCAAGAUGUCUCGGUAACGCCUGUAGCAACUCCAGUUCCACCAGAAGAAAGGGAGCAGUGGCUUAUUGAAGGGGAUUUGCCCCAAGGGAUGGUUAAGAAAAUGUCUAAGAAAAAGAGAAGGCGAAAGAAAAAAGAAAUCCAGCCCCUGGAGGAAAACACUGGCAUGGACCACUUUCAUAGUAGGGCUAACACAGCAGUGCCCCGUCUUCCCAAGCUGCCUCUAAAGACCGGAUUGGUCACAAGAUCAAAAGAUCCACAAGAAAUUGAUGAAACUCUUCCAGGUUCUUACAGGGAAUUCAAGAGACUGCCUAAUAGACAGGAAAAACUAUAUCCUGUAGAAAGUGUGAACAACAACCUAGGAUACACAAGAUAUCCUCAGUCCAACAUGAUGUCCCACCCUUUCGCUGCAGACAAAAUGCCGCAUACAGAUCAAAGUAGGGUGACAUAUUUCCCUGUGCCAAAACAUGAUGGAGUAUUUCAGUAUUCCAAUAGCAACUCAUAUUCUAAUCAUAUGGAUCUCACUUCAUAUAGUGGAAGAACUCAGGCUAGACGGGCAGGAAUCCCACCAAUGCACUCUAGAGCAAACCUUAUGGAUGCAGAGCUUAUGGAUACAGAUUCUGAUUUUUAAUGCCAGCAGCACCUGUUGAGUUUAAGACUCCUACAAGCAGAAAUGUGAAUUUCCUGAGGUAACAGGAAAGCACUGGGAGGUAUGCUGGUGUGGUUGCAUAUUUUUCCAGCAAUCCUGGUGUCUAAAAUUGGGGUUGUUGCUUAAAUAAAGCAUUUUACUUAAUACUUUAUGUACUAAAUGAACCCUCUUAAGAGCUAGUGACAGUUCACAUUUUCUCUGCUUUGAUAUUUACAUGAGGUAAACCUAUAUGUUAUUUGCAGAGCAGUGUAUGGCAAGCUGCUAUUGAGGCAGAUGUUACUGUACCUUAAACCAACAGAAACUGAUUAUUUGUUCUAUUAAAUGUUUGAAAAAGGGCAUUGUACAUGUGACUUUUAGAGAGUUUAAGUGCCAUCUGUUCUGCAAAGAGAGAAGUGGCCUAAAGAAGCUCUUCAGUGUGCCUUUUUUAAUUCAUGCAGUGAAAUACAGUGUUCUUUUAUGUGUACAUUUUCUUUACAGGGCAUAUAAAGGUAUUGUUCUUUACAAGUUGCUUUAUGUUUGGAUCCAUCUAUAUCUGUCAUUUUGGUGCCUUAUUGAAAUAUGAUUAAGAAUUGGUAAGGAAUCAUGCUUUCUAGAGCUCAGUAUUAUAUCAUAUAAACAUUUGUUUGCAUGGAGUUAAAUUGCAGUGCAAAAAGACGUAUACACAUUUACAAUGCGGUACGAAACAGUUUUGUACACAUUUGUCUUACUAAGAAUGUAAACGAAAGAACAAAUUUUUUCUAGAGCAAUGCUUGUUCCUACCACUGACUAUGCACAGUGCAUCUUGUAUGUUUAAGACAUGGCAUUAUAUAUUCUAUACUGGUGUUUUUGAGCCAGCCAAAUAGAGCCUGGAGGAGCCUUUCAUUAGUGUUAAUGGAGACUGCCUGCCAACAGUGAUUGCAGGUGAGUUUUAACCAAGAAAAGUACAAUAGUACAAUAUGUUUUGUUUCCUGACUGAGAAAAACAGUUGUAUUUGAAUGCUCGAGAGAAGUGUACAAAGGUUUGUUGCUUGUAAAACCAAACAAGCACUCUGCCAUGAUCUAUGGCAAUUUGGCCAAUGGGUUAUUGUUUAAUUAGAGCAGACCAAUAAAUAAAUAAAUUAAAAUAAAUUUAUCCAGCAAAGAACUAUCGGAACUGUAGCCCUUGUGAAUAUGUACAAAUAUAUACUGUACACGGAGAAGUAUUUUUGUGCAGUAUAACUUGUUUAGUGAACAGUUCUAAAAACAGAAGUAAAUCCUGCAAACAAAUAUGGUACAUUAUAAUUGUAGUUGAUAUUAUACAUAGCAAAGGGACAUUAAAAGUUAGUUUGGAAUGUGUUUGUAACUGCUCAUAGGCUCUUGGCCAUGUGCAUUCUAAGCUCUAGUGUAGUUUACCAUGUUUUCAGCAAUUCUGGAGGGUCUCCUGCCCAUGCCUGCAAAUGCCAGUCCACUUUUGUAAUUUUUUUAUGCCCCUCUAGACCUGUAGCUUCUCACUUUUUAUAUGUUUGCGAGUCCCGCAUGUCAGUGCACACUUCCCGCUUGUCAUUAGUGAUGGAGACAGUCUUGAGAGAAAAUCUAUAAAACUAUAGGGUAUGAUCUCCCUUUGAAGUUCUGUGCAUAAGUGAUAAAUAUUUGUAGUACUGAUGGAUUUAAUCAGGUCUUUGAAGGGGCAGUGGGUUUAGGCACUUUGGGAAGAAAGAGCUUGUUUUAAUCAAUUUUUGUGUGUAUAACGUGGGCAGGGCUAAAUAAAACCUCGGUGUCCGAGCUGACAGUUAUUUUAAAUUAAAUAAGCAAAAUAUCUGAUCUCAUCAGUAAACCAAAUAUAUCCAAUGUGAUCUUAAUGUGUUAAAGCACACAACAAGAAUGAAUAUAAUGUUUAUUGUAUUUUAAUUUCCCCUAAAAGGAAUACUGUCAUGGGAAAACAUGUUUUUUUUAAAAAAAAAUGCAUCAGUUAAUAGAGAUUCCCCAGCAGAAUCCUGCAUUGAAAUUAAUUUCUCGAAAAUGCAAACAAGUUAGACUCCCCCAUUUAUAUGUGAGUAGGAGAAACAAUAGGUUAUCUAAAAGUAGAUCUAAUGUGUAGCGCUGGGUCUUUCUGAAAGCUCAGAAUCAGGCACAAUGCACUGACAUGGCUGCCUACACACCAAUAUUACAGCUAAAAAAAUACAUUUGUUGGUUCCAGAGAAUUUUUUGCUAUAUAAACAGUGUAGUUUAUAAAUUAAAAGUAUACCAUACAAAUCAUAACAGUAUCCCUUUAUUGGGAAUUGGAGAGAUCUAUCAUGUGUGAGUAACUUGCUCCGUAGGUUCUUACCCUUGGGGGAUAAAAUCAGCUCCUUCCUGUCUACUAUCGGAACAGCUCUAUGGGCUUGUACUGAAGGGCAAGUGUGCUCCACCACAGGGAAAUGCCUGUGAGUACAAGCCUUAAACUCCCAGAGAGAGAGAAGAGGAGUGAAAGAAUUUUUGCACCAUUUGGAUUGAGCCAAAUCCUUUGAGGCAUAUUUAUCAAAACUCGAUUUUUUUAAUUUUUCAUUAUUUGAAAAUGUCCAUUGUUUGUGAGAUUUUUUGCCACAAAAAAAAUUACAUCAUGGUAAAAGCUUUAAUUUGAAUGUUGAUAAAACUGCCCUUAGUAUUGAGCCAAACGGAGUGUGAACCCUCCCAGAUAGAUGACUUUAUAGUUUGAACAGUUGAAGAUAUUUGCUCAGAUGUAACUGUGCAAAUUGGGGUUUGAAUUUGGUUUGACACUUGAUCUUACAUGUGUCUUUGUAAUCAAAGCAUGUGUUCAUUUUUAUUUAUGUGUGCUGGUCCAUCUUAGAGAACACUACAUAAGUAUUUUACUAGUCUGGAUUUGAAGCAGCUGAUGGAAGUCUGAUUUAUAUUUACAUAGGGGUGGAAAAUGCAUACACUAACAAAUCUUUGCUAGUUUACCCUCUCUAUAUCUGGAAAUGGAACAGAUCUACUAUCAUAAAAUUGUUUGUAAGUCAAAUCAAUACUGAUGGGAUCCCUUAUCGGGAGAACUGUUAUCCAGAAAACUCUGAAUUCUAGGAUGCCCUUCUCCCACAGAUAUCAUUUUACACAAAUAAUUCUAAAUUUUAAAAAAGAUUUCCUUUUUCUCUGUAGUAAUAAAAUAAUACAUUAUAAUUGAUCCCAACUAAGAUUCAUGAAUCCAUAUUGGUAGCAAAACAGUUCUAUUUUUUUUCUGAAUGUUUAAAUGAUUUUUAGCAGACAAAGUAUGGAGAUCUAACUUACAGAAAGACCCCUUUUCAGGAAAGCCCCACACCCCCAAGCAUUUUGGAUAAUAGAUCCCAUACCUGUACCUUGAAACAAGUGGCUGGGACAUCUUUCUUUGAUAAACAUUGCAAGCAGAAUUCAUUUGUGUUUUUACUUUUACAUAACCUAUAUUUGAAAAAAAAAAAAAAAAAAAAAAAAAUUGUGUAAAUUAUGAAACAAUGUGAAUGCUCUAAAUGAAAAUAAGCUGUAUUGUUCUUGUAAAUAUGAAUAAAGCACACAGCAUUUUAUACAUAA